UCUACCUACUCUUCUCCCACCCCCGACUAAUCCACCUCUUAACCCACGUCGCAUCCGAAACUCUGCCACGUUCGAAGCUGUGGAGCAGCUUCAUUCUACUGCGACUUUCCUUCAAGUUCUGUUUGACAGCGUUACACCCGACUGCCGACUUUGCCAGACCUUUCUAGCAUUACACCACUCCUUUCGGGUCUUCGUCCUAGACACCUAGCUCUCGAUCAUCUUGUGCUUGGUGGGCUUGAAUACCGAGAUCACUGACUGUCUCCUGCGGUAACACGACGACAAGAUGGCUGCCAGUCACGACAAGCCACCCACUCUACGUUGCGACUCGCCUUCGCCCGAGUCGACUCCCAUGCGCACUCGAGACUCGCGAGCGCCCAUAUCACGCUGCUUAUCCACAGGCUCUUCCAUAUCGCGGGCGUCGAGCACAGAUGGUUCCUACAGAGACUCUAUAGGCAGCGAGCCGUACUCCCGCAAAUCAUCCUCGAGCUAUCAGUCGCGGCGGUCUGAUAUUAGCUUCGCCUCCUCCCGUCAAUCCAGUCUAAACUUGGAAAGGCCACCUAAGCGUCGCGGCUACUCAAGACCACAAGGCACCGAUUUUGCCGCAAGUGCAAGGCACAGAGAUAGCGUGCUGAGCUUGGGAAGUAUAUCACAUCUGCAGUAUUACUUUGCCCGGACAGGUCUCUUGGAUGGGAAAGGUGGGCAGCUGGCUAGGAAACGGCACCCUAAAGCCACCUUGGACCUGUCAUCAUUGGAUAGCUCUCUAUUGAGCCCCAAACUUGGGCCACUGGAUGGCGAUUCAUCAUAUGCUUCUAUGGCUAGUAGUCCAGAUCUGCCAGCGCAGAACUUCGGCGAGGAGCCUAUGGUCGAGUCGCCUACUUUUGACCAUGAUCGUUUCGACUCAGAUGAGUACGAGGAGGUGGAAGUUGACAUGUUGCCACCAACAACGAGUACCUACAUGCACAGAGAAAAGCCGAUUGUCAAACCGCCCACGAUUGAGGAGCUGAAGUCCAGUCUCACCAAAACAUUGGAUGACGCAGCUAAAGUUUUGAAGGAAAUUGUGUCCUCCCCUACAACGGCUUCGUCGCCGCAAUCUACCACCGCGUCCCCAAAGCCUGGGCCGAGCUGGUAUGAGAUCCAGGGUAUGCAAGUACUUGAUGUGAUGACGCUAGCAAUUCAAGCCGCCAAAUUGUAUUAUACGGCACAUGAGCACCCAGACCGUUUGGACACCAUCAAGUCGGAAAAGGAGAUUCGAACCGAAUUGCUCUCUGUCAUGGAAGUACUGAAGCAUACGGCGACUAGGAAUUUCGCUGGCGGGUACCGUGAGGAUGAGCUGAAGGUGAUGACAUCGUGGAUCGCUAAUAUUCGCGCAAUGUUGCAGAAGGAUGAGGAAUUGGAGACGGCUGAAAAGACUGAGAGGACAAAUUGGACGUGGCUGCAGGGUGACUGGACAGGUCGCGAGAUCGAGCGUGAAAUUGCAUUUCUAUCGUCCAUCGAUGGCGAAGCUGAUCCGCUACCACCGUGGACACCCAUUGAUUCGGCAACAGAACUACCGACCCCAUUCUUAGCAAGUCUACAGAAUGGGCUCCGUCUUGUCAAGCUACACAAUGCCGCUGUUAAGAAGUCGCGGCGACGCUUUGGUGCCAUUGGGACAUUCCAUACAGAUACGCAGAAGCCAUAUCGAUGUGCUGAAAACCUGCGAUAUUGGAUCAAAGCAGCCGAGCUGCGAUGGGAGGUGGUGCUCAAAGUGGACGUGAAAGGUGUCGUAUAUAGUCAGCCUGAGGCCUGGAAAGACUUCGAGGCGGCUAUCUGGCAGUGGUGCCGUAAAGUCAGAGAGGAGAUCUCAGCUGACUGGCAGAAAAGCUAAGGCGGGCUAUAUAAGGCCAAUACCUGCCUUCAAGGCUUUAUGAUCAUGAUAAUGAUAAGGUGCUGGAAGCAUAGAAAGAUGGAUCAUGUCUUACUGGGUAUGAGCGAACUGAAGUAUGUUCACUACAUGAUUCAGAGCGAGGCUGACCGGCUACAUGUUAUUCUUUCCCUUGUAUAUCUCAUAUUGUCAUAGGCGUCAUAGUAGAAUAUACCCAGAGCAUGUGGCAUGUGACUCAAGGAAAAGGAACGGUGGUACUCCAUAUAACGUCCUGCCCAUUAUUGCCCCCAUUGAGCUAUUAAGCACAUUAAAGAACUUAACCCACCCCAGAUGCGAUGAAUGUCUGCAGAUAUGGUUAGUUGUAAAGCUUGUUCAUAAGAAUUCAGAAUGUAGUAUUGUCAGAUAAUUG